AUGCCAUCGUGUCACUGCAUCCACAGACCUCUCUCACCCCAACGACAACCCCCUCCCAAGAGUAGCAGAAGCCCCACCUCCCCCCAGAACCAGAGCACCUCCUCCUCCAGAGUAGCAGAACCCCCACCUCUCGCCAGCCCAGAACCGCCACCUCUGCCCAGUUCAGAACCAGAAUCCCCACCUCACCCCAGUCCAGAACCAAAACCCCCACCUCUCCCGAGAACCAGAAGCCCCACCUUUCCCCAGAACCAGAACCAGAAUCCCCACCUCCCCCCAGCCCAGAACCAGAAGCCCCACCUCCUCCCAGAACCAGAAGCACCACCUCUCCCCAGCCCAGAACCAGAAGCACCACCUCCCCCCAGAACCAGAAGCAGAAGCACCACCUCCUCCCAGAACCAGAAGCCCCACCUCUCCCCAGAACCAGAAGCCCCACCUCUCCCCAGCCCAGAACCAGAAGCCCCACCUCUCCCCAGCCCAGAACCAGAAUCCCCACCUCCCCCCAGCCCAGAACCAGAAGCCCCACCUCCUCCCAGAACCAGAAGCACCACCUCUCCCCAGAACCAGAACCAGAAGCACCACCUCCCCCCAGAACCAGAAGCAGAAGCACCACCUCCUCCCAGAACCAGAAGCCCCACCUCUCCCCAGCCCAGAACCAGAAGCCCCACCUCUCCCCAGAACCAGAAGCCCCACCUCUCCCCAGAACCAGAAGCCCCACCUCUCCCCAGCCCAGAACCAGAAGCACCACCUCACCCCAGUCCAGAACCAAAACCCCCACCUCUCCCGAGAACCAGAAGCCCCACCUUUCCCCAGAACCAGAAGCCCCACCUCUCUCCAGAACCAAAAGCCCUACCUCUCUCCAGAACCAAAAGCCCUACCUCUCUCCAGAACCAAAAGCCCUACCUCUCCCCAGCCCAGAACCAGAAGCCCCACCUCUCCCCAGCCCAGAACCAGAAGCCCCACCUCCUACCAGAACCAGGAUCCCCACCUCACCCCAGUCCAGAACCAAAACCCCCACCUCUCCCGAGAACCAGAAGCCCCACCUUUCCCCAGAACCAAAAGCCCUACCUCUCUCCAGAACCAAAAGCCCUACCUCUCUCCAGAACCAAAAGCCCUACCUCUCUCCAGAACCAAAAGCCCCACCUCCUCCCAGAACCAGAAUCCCCACCUCCCCCCAGCCCAGAAGCAGAAGCACCACCUCCUCCCAGAACCAGAAGCCCCACCUCCCCCCAGCCCAGAACCAGAAUCCCCACCUCCUCCCAGAACCAGAAGCCCCACCUCUCCCCAGCCCAGAACCAGAAGCACCACCUCCCCCAGCCCAGAACCAGAAGCACCACCUCCCCCCAGCCCAGAACCAGAAGCACCACCUCUCCCCAGAACCAGAAGACCCACCUCUCCCCAGAACCAGAAGACCCACCUCUCCCCAGAACCAGAAGACCCACCUCCACCCAGCCCAGAACCAGAAGCCCCACCUCUCCCCAGAACCAGAAGACCCACCUCUCCCCAGAACCAGAAGACCCACCUCCCCCAGAACCAGAAGCACCACCUCUCCCCAGAACCAGAAGCACCACCUCUCCCCAGAACCAGAAGACCCACCUCUCCCCAGAACCAGAAGCCCCACCUCUCCCCAGCCCAGAACCAGAAGACCCACCUCUCCCCAGAACCAGAAGCCCCACCUCUCCCCAGAACCAGAAGCCCCACCUCUCCCCAGCCCAGAACCAGAAGCACCACCUCUCCCUAGCCCAGAAACAGAAGACCCACCUCUCCCCAGAACCAGAAGCCCCACCUCUCCCCAGAACCAGAAGACCCACCUCUCCCCAGAAACAGAAGACCCACCUCUCCCUAGCCCAGAAACAGAAGACCCACCUCUCCCUAGCCCAGAAACAGAAGACCCACCUUUCCCUAGCCCAGAAACAGAAGACCCACCUCUCCCUAGCCCAGAACCAGAAGACCCACCUCUCCCUAGCCCAGAACCAGAAGACCCACCUCUCCCUAGCCCAGAAACAGAAGACCCACCUCCCCUCAGCCCAAUAUGACCUCUGCUGA